AUGGCUACAAUUGGCACGCUAGUAGCGUUCGAUCCAAAGAAUCAGACUUGGGAUGAGUAUACGGAAAUACUCGAGCAGUUUUUCGCAGCUAACGGGAUCGACGAUGCAGAGAAACAAAGAGCGAUAUUAAUAAGUGUCGUCGGAGCAGCGACGUACAGCUUGAUGCGAAACCUUCUCAGCCCGGCCAAGCCCAAAGACAAAACCUUCCAAGAGCUGGUGCUUCUGAUGAAAAAUCACUUCGAUCCGAAGCCCAGUGAAAUUGUGCAAAGGUAUAAGUUCGACUCUCGCUCCCGCAAGCCGAAUGAAACCGUCAUGGAAUAUGUAGCGGAGCUGCGUCGCCUGGCACAGGAUUGUAACUAUGGCAACACGUUACAACAGAUGUUGAGAGAUAGGAUCGUCUGCGGAAUUAAGGAUGACCGAAUUCAGAGACGUCUCUUGUCAGAAAUAGAUCUCACUUUUGACAAGGCUCUGUCAAUUGCAGUAGCCAUGGAGACUGCAAAUAAAAAUGCACAGGACCUGCAGACCUCAAGGGCAUCAGCAAAAUGUUUCAGUCUCACUAGAGGACAACAGGAGAGUCGUACCUUUAAAGCAGAAAAUAAAGAGUGUUAUCGUUGCAAAGGAACCAAGCACACAGCAGCAGACUUGCAGUCAAGGGCACAACAGAAAACUGUUCAAGUUAGGGCGUGGCAGGCGGUACACUUAAGAAGAGUAGACCCCUACACUAUGGAUAUGCAAAUUGAUGGGAAAAAGGUGAACUUUGAAAUAGACACUGGAUGUUGCCUAACAGUCAUGAACGAAGCAACAUUCAGAGAAAAAGGGAAAGACAGCAAGCCCCCCAGCCUGCAGCCCAUCAAAAUCAAGCUCGAAACUUAUACAGGGGAUCCUGUUAAGGUGAUUGGUGCAACACGAGUCAGCGUCAAAUACAAGCAGCAGAAAAAACAUCUGCCCCUGGUGGUGGUCGAAGGCGACGGCCCCAGCUUGCUAGGUCGAGCUUGGCUCGAGGAAAUUAAAUUGGACUGGGGUGAAGUGAAAAACAGUCCUAACAACAGAAAGCUGCACCAAGUCAAAACAACAGAGAAAACACUUCAGCAAGUGUUAAGUAAACAUGAAAAUGUGUUCAAAGAGGAGUUGGGCACCCUGAAAGGAAUGAAAGCUGCUAUUCAUGUGAAAAGUGAUGCCACCCCACGCUUCUUCCGUCCGCGUUCUGUCCCCUUUGCUAUGCGAGCAAAAGUCGACGAGGAAAUAGACCGACUGUUGAAAGAAGGCAUCAUCUCGCCAGUGAAAUAUGCUGAAUGGGCGGCACCAGUAGUGCCACUCCUGAAGCCCACAGGGACAAUAAGACUGUGUGGGGAUUACAAGCUUACUGUAAAUACCGUGGCUUCACUGGAGCAGUACCCCAUACCCAGAAUGGGGGACUUGUUUGCCACACUGUCCGGGGGUAAGCAGUUCUCAAAAUUAGACAUGAGCCACGCUUACCAGCAAAUCCUCUUGGAUGACGAAUCGAAAAAGUCCGUGACAGUAAACACAUCUCGGGGGCUGUUCACGUAUAAUAGAUUGCCUUUUGGAGUGGCCUCUGCUCCAGCAAUAUUCCAGAGGACCAUGGAAAGUCUUUUGAAGGGGAUACCUCAUGUAGCAGUGUAUUUAGAUGACAUCUUAGUGACUGGAGUGGAUGAAGUAAGCCAUCUACAGAACCUGGAUGAGGUGUUGACCCGGUUGGAGGAAGCUGGGUUGAGGUUAAAGAGGUGCAAGUGUGCCUUCAUGCAAGAGAAAAUGGAGUACUUGGGGCACAUAGUGGACGCCCAGGGGCUCCACCCAGUGGAAAACAAAGUUAAAGCAAUCAUGGAUGCAGCUGCCCCCACAAAUGUCACUGAACUGAAAGCAUACUUAGGUUUGCUAAAUUACUACAACAAAUUCCUUCCAAACCUGGCAACCCUGUUGGCACCCUUACAUGAACUUUUGAGACACGAGGUACAGUGGACAUGGCAAAAGAGACAAGAGGAAGCAUUCCAGAAAUCUAAGAACCUGUUGAACUCAGCAGAGGUGUUAGUUCAUUAUUCUGCUGACCGUGAGUUGGUUCUCUCAUGUGAUGCAUCCCCAUACGGCGUAGGCGCCGUAUUGUCACAUAAGAUGGAGGAUGGAAGCGAGAGACCUUUGGGGUUCAUGUCACGCACACUCUCUCCUGCUGAGAAAAAGUAUUCUCAGCUUGACAAAGAAGGUCUAGCUGUGAUAUUUGGCAUCACGAAAUUUCACAAAUACUUGAAUGGCCGAGUUUUCAUGAUUUACACAGAUCAUAAACCCCUAAUCUCACUGUUCAAUGAAAAGAAGCCUAUACCUCAGAUGGGCUCACCAAGAGUACAAAGAUGGGCCGUGACAUUGAGUGCUUACGAGUACAACAUCAGGUACAAGCCAGGAAAACAUCAUGAAAAUGUGGAUGCGCUCAGCCGGUUGCCGGUACCAGACUCAGCACCUGAGCAAGAGAUGGCUGAGCAGGUUUUGAUGAUGGAUGUACUGGAUGACACAUUAGUGGACACUGCACAGAUCAAACGAUGGACAGCUAAGGAUGUCUUGUUGUCGCAAGUCCACGAGUACACCUUAAAAGGCUGGCCAACUGAGACCGAUGCCUGUUUAAAGCCGUAUCGACAGAGAAAGCUGGAACUGAGUGUGAGGGAUGGUUGCGUGCUCUGGGGAGCCCGAGUAAUUAUUCCCACCAAAGGCCGAGACAAAAUAUUGAAACUCCUGCACCAGACUCAUACAGGCAUGUCGAAGAUGAAAGGCUUGGCAAGGUCGUAUGUAUGGUGGCCAGGGAUGGAUGAGAACAUUGAAAGAGAAGUGCAGGCAUGUGAGGAGUGUCAGAAACACUCCAAGUCACCACCUACUGCACCAUUACACCCUUGGGAGUGGCCGGAGUCACCAUGGUCCAGAAUCCAUGUGGACUAUGCAGGGCCUUUCCUCGGGGAGAUGUUUCUAAUCAUUGUGGAUGCUCAUUCCAAGUGGAUGGACAUUUACCCUGUGAAAUCCUCUACAUCACAGGUAACUAUAGAGAAACUGCGCCAGAGUUUCAGUGUGUUUGGACUACCUAAAAUGUUAGUUUCAGACAACGGAACAUGUUUCACAAGUGCUGAAUUUGAGUCAUUCAUGAAGCAGAAUGGAAUUGACCAUGUAAGAUCAGCACCUUUCCACCCUUCUUCAAAUGGGCUGGCUGAGAGGGCGGUCCAGACCUUUAAGGAGGGGAUGAAGAAAGUCAAAGGUGAUACCUUGCAAACCAGACUGUCCCGAUUUCUGUUCAGUUAUUGCAUCACACCGCAUGCCACUACUGGUUUAUCACCUGCAGAGUUGAUGAUGUCACAGAGACUCAGAUCAGUUUUGGACUUGCUCAUGCCUGAUGUGAAAACAAAAGUGCAGCACAAACAAUUGAAACAGAAAGAAAAUCAUGACACCAAGAAAAGACUGAGAAGUUUCACACCAGGAGACAAGGUCUUCAUCAGAAACUACUCCUAUGGCCCGAAGUGGAUUCCCGCAGUCAUUGUGAGAGCAUCGGGUCCAGUGUCUUACAUUGUUACCAUUGGAUCAGGUCAAACUGUGAAGCGGCAUGUGGAUCAGGUGAGAGCAAGAGUGGCUGACACUGUUCCCAGUACACCAGACAGGGAGGUGGAGCCAUUGCUUGACAAAGAAUCAGUGCCUGAGUGCUGCUUGCCAUUGGAGUUGGACACAUCGCCACAACCUCCGGCAAUGGAGUUGCCUUAUGCUCCGGAGACUCCAGCUCCCGGAGACUCCUCAGUGACACCCGUGUUGCGACGUUCCCAGAGAGAGAGACGUCCACCAGAGACUUUAAAGGACUUUGUUAGGUAG